CUCCUCCUCCUCCUGCUGCUGCUCGCCUCCAGCCCCGGGGCGACUGCUGACUCCGGGCAGCCCCCGGGCGGCGGCGCCGGCGGCCGAGGCCACGGCGGGGGAUGGCGAGAUAGCGGCGCGGCGGCGGCCCGACUGACUCCACUGCAGUGACUAUGUACAUCUCCUUGUGUUUGAGGCGAUCACUCCGGAUGGUGGAUAUCAAGAGAAUAAGGAUGGCUUCUGAUUUCCGCUGGCUCUUAGCCACGUUUGUUCUUCUCUAUUUGAUGAAUCAAGUAAACAGCCAGAGGCGGGGAACUCCUCGUGAUUUGAAGUGUCUGACUCGAAAUUUACAAGUGUGGGACUGUUCUUGGAAAGCCCCCUCUAGAGAAGGCCGUGGUACCCGUUAUGAAAUAUGCAUCGAUAACAGGAUCCACUGCUAUAAAGUUGAGGAAGCAAAUGCUAGUAUCCCAGCUCUGUCACCUGGUGAUCAUGAAAUAACAAUCAGACCUUUAUUUGAUUUUGGAAAUGCUAUAAGUAAAUUCAUACUAAGUGAAAAAGACAUUUCCUUGAUUCCAGAGACUCCAGAGAUCUUGAAUUUAUCUGCUGACUUGUCAACUUCAACAUUACGUCUGAAGUGGAGUGAUAAGGGUUCUGCUUUUCCACAUUACUCAAAUGUGACCUGGGAGAUUAAAAUUCUGCGUAAAGAGAAUAAGGAAUUUGUAAACUUGAUACCCUUCAAUACAACUCUGAGUGGUGGGACAGAAACAGUGCAUUACUGGAACUGGACCUCAGACAUCCCCUUGGAGUGCGCCAGUCAUUAUGUGGGAAUUCGGUGCUACAUCGAUGACCCUCAUUUCUCUGGUCACAAAAAGUGGAGUGCCUGGAGCCCUUUGAAGAGCAUUUCUGGGUCUCCUGUUUCUCACACUAAUCAGGUUGUUCCACUAGACAGUAUACUACUUGUAGGGUCAGAUAUCACAAUUUGUUGUAUUACCCAAGAAAAAGUGAUAUCUGCCCAGAUUGGCCUAACUUCCUGUCCUCUGAUCCAUCUUGAUGGGGAAAAUGUUGCAAUCAAGAUCCGGAACGUGUCUGCUUCUCAAAGUAGUGGAACAAAUGUGAUUUUUGAGACAAAAAAUGACAUUUUUGGGACAGUUAUUUUUGUUGGAUAUCCACCUGAUAUUCCUCAGAAACUGAAUUGUGAAACAUAUGAUUUAAAACAGAUUAUAUGUACUUGGAAUCCAGGAAGACCAACAUCAUUGGUGGGCCCACGUGAUACAAAUUACACUUUAUUGGAAAGCUUUUCAGGGAAAUAUGUUGUCUUCAAAAGAAAUGAAAUGCCCAUAAAUGAAACCUAUCAGUUAUUCUUUCAAGUGCUUCCAGAUCAAGAAAUAUAUAAUUUUACUCUGAAUGCUCAAAAUCCUCUGGGUCGAUCAGAAUCUACAAUUUUAAUUAAUGUGACUGAAAAAGUUUAUCCCCACACACCGACUUCAAUCAAAGUGAAGGAUAUUAAUUCAACAGCUGUUGUGCUUUCCUGGCAUUUACCAGGCAACUUUGCAAAGAUAAAACUUUCAUGUCAAGUUGAAAUUAAUAAAAUGAAUUCAGUACAAGAAUUGCGGAAUGUCACAAUCAAGGGAGUAGACAAUUCAAAUUACCUCAUUGCUGUGGACAAGUUAAACCCAUAUACCAUGUAUGCUUUCCGGAUUCGUUGUUUUACUGAACCUUUUUGGAAAUGGAGCAGAUGGAGUAAUGAAAUGCACUAUUUAACCACAGAAGCCAUUCCUUCAAAGGGACCAGAUACGUGGAGAGAGUGGAGUGCUGAUGGAAAGAAGUUAAUCAUCUAUUGGAAGCCUUUGCCCAUUAACGAAGCUAAUGGAAAAAUACUUUUCUACAACGUCUCAUGCUCAUCAGCGGAGGAAACCCAGUCCCUCGCUGAGAUCCCUGAGCCCCAGUACAAGGCGGAAAUCCCACUUGAUAAGCACGACUGUGUCGUCAGUGUGGUGGCAAAGAAUUCUGUUGGCGCAUCGCCACCUUCUCAGAUAACCAGUAUGGAAAUUCCCAAUGAUGAUAUCAAAGUGGAGCAGACUGUUGGGCGGCGGAAAGGCUUUCUCUUCACUUGGAAUUACAACCCCAACAUGACAUGCGACUAUGUCAUCAAGUGGUGUAAGUCCUCGCAGCCCCAGCCCUGCCUCAUGGACUGGAGGAAGGCUCUUCCAAGCUCCACGGAAGCCACCAUUGAAUCUGAUCAGUUUCAACCAGGCGUGAGAUACAAUUUUUACCUAUAUGGAUGCAAAGCUCAAGGAUAUCAAUUACUGCGUUCUAUAGUUGGAUAUCUAGAAGAAUUGGCUCCAAUAGUUGCACCAAAUUUCACUGUUGAGGAUACAUCUGCAGAUUCAAUACUAGUGAGAUGGGAGGACAUUCCUGUGGAAGAACUUAGAGGAUUUUUAAGAGGAUAUUUAUUUUACUUUGAAAAAGGAGAAAGAGACACAUCAAAGAUGAGGGCUUUGGAAUCGGGCCGUUCUGACAUUAAGGUCAAGAAUAUAACUGAUACGUCCCAGAAGACGCUGAGAAUUGCUGACCUGCAGGGUAAAACAAGUUACCAUCUGGUCCUGCGAGCCUACACGGAUGGCGGAAUGGGCCCAGAGAAGAGCAUGUUUGUGGUAACAAAGGAAAAUUCCGUAGGAUUGAUCAUUGCCAUUCUCAUCCCAGUGGCUGUGGCUGUCACCGUGGGCGUGGUCACCAGCAUCCUUUGCUAUCGGAAACGAGAAUGGAUUAAAGAAACCUUCUACCCAGAUAUUCCAAAUCCAGAAAACUGUAAAGCUCUGCAGUUUCAGAAGAGUGUCUGUGAGGGCAACAGUGGUCUUAAGACAUUGGAAAUGAAUCCGUGUACCCCAAAUAACGUGGAGGUUCUGGAAGUACCCUCAGCGGUUUCUAAAAUAGAAGAUACAGAGAUCAUCUCCCCUGUGGCCGAGCGCCCAGAAGAGAGCUCUGAUGCAGAGCCUGAGAGCCAUGUGGCCGUGUCCUACUGCCCGCCGGUCAUCGAGGAGGAAGUGCCAAUGCCAGGCGUGGAGGAGGCCGGCGGCACUUCCCAGGUCAUCUACAUCGAUGUUCAGUCCAUGUACCAGCCACAGGCCCAGCCCGAGGACGAGCAGGACAGUGAUGCCGUUGGGGCGGCAGGCUACAAGCCCCAGAUGCACCUCCCCAUAACUCCUCUCAUUGGAGAGCCUGCUGCUGACGGGGACGUGGACAAAACUGCUGGCUACCGACCUCAGGCAGAUGUCAGUGCCUGGAACUUAGUGUCCCCUGACUCUCCGAGGUCCACAGACAGCAACAGUGAGGUGGUCUCCUUCGGGAGCCCGUGCUCCAUUAACUCCCGGCAGUUUCUGCUACCCCCCAGAGAUGAAGACUCUCCGAAGUCCAACGGGGGAGGGUGGUCCUUUACAAACUUCUUUCAGAACAAACCAAACGACUAACGUGUCACCCUGUCGCUUCCGUGUCUGCCAUCUCCAUAAGCUCCUGUUGCUAGUGUUGCCACGUCAGCAGCGGGCCUCCCGGAGGCGUCCUUGAAGUAUUGUCCGUGAGGUGGCCGUCGCUGCUGCAAGUGACAGUCUCAGUGUUCACGUGCUUUCUGUGUAGUCUCCGCGCCCAGGCAUAGUCACCCCGGAAUUCAGCCGACUCCACUCAAGAUUUGCAGCUCUCUGUGAUUCGAGCCAAAGAGUUCUCACUGCUCUACCUUUCAGAAGCAUUUCAAGGCUAAUCCUGUCCAAGUCCACGUGUGCAAAACCAAUUCCACGGCAACUGUAUUCUGUUCUGUUGAUGGUUUACUUAUAUGUAUACGUUAUGGAGCUGCAGGUGGGUUUGCAAGCAAGGGAGGCAAGUGUCACAAGUUAACAGGUGACCUUUCUUUGCCUGACAUCCGCUCCAUUCUAGAUGAAAACCAAGCACAGAUUUUAUAUCUUUUUACAUUGUUCACCUCUGUCCACAGCAUUUACAAAAACAACUAUGAUUUUUUAAAAUGUAGCAACAGUUCCUUAGUUCUGUUUGAUAAAGUAUGCUGAUUUCUGUACCUACUGUAUAAUGGUUAUCAAACAGUUGUCUCAGGGGUACAAGCUUGGAAAGAGAGUGUGACACUGACCAGCCCAAAUUAGAAUUGUGUUUUUCAUGCUUUGCUAGGUUAUUCUAAGCCUUUCCAUUGUUUCUUAGAAUUUUUUUCCCUAGCUUCCUUUAUGCAGUUGGUCACCUUAACGUAUAAAACUUAGAUUUCUAAGACUGUAUAGAGAAAUUAAGAUUUGUGUUUGUUGUUUUGUUUUUUAAAUCUUUUUUUUGUGACACAGUGUCCAUUUUUUAGCUGUUUGAGAAUAUUCAAUAUUAUUCAUGGCAUGUAAUUCCAAUGAUUUACUAUUUGAUACGACUACUAAGCAAUAUCUAAUGGCAUUAGUGAUCCCCACAGUUCUGGUUGGCUCUGGCUCCCAGGAGACCAGGCCGCUGCUCUCCAAGCAAGUGUUCCUCCUUAUUGUGGGUCCUGGGGUCCUUCCUCAUUCAUGAUCCUUAAACUGUUUGACCUGGUCCUCAAAUUUUAAACAUAAACCUCCAAAGAUAGUGCUGCUCUCAGGAAGGUUUAGUGGAUGACUGUUUCAAUGUGAAGUACUGGGUCUGAGUCCAGGGGGCAGUGCACAGCCCCCUUGCCUGCCCAUAACAGUCUCUAGAGUGUGUUUUGGGGGAGAGACUGAAUGCAACACCCAACAGUGCAUCUCCCCUGCCCUAGCCUCCCCAUCUUCUGCUCGUCCCUACCUUUUAUCCUGUGCUAGUGAAGGCCUUGGUACUGAAAAGUCUGACCCAGCUGAAGAAGCCAGGCCAGACCUGGGUCAUCUGAGGUGGUGUAGCAUAUUUGCACAGGACUUACUGGUGGUGGUUCUUGAUCUAGCUCAUGAAUGUCUCUGCAUAACAGGCAUGUUGCAGAAAUAGCUGCCACGGUGUGACUGAGAGAGUCAGUUUGGUCCAGAUGCCCCAAGUGUGCAGACUGAUUUAACCUGCCAGGAUCUAACUUAACUUCCGAGGCUUGAGAUACACGAACAGGUGGAACAAAGUAUAAUUGCCAACGCUCACACGUAACAUCGUAUACCUCUGCAGUGUCUCAUGGAGGUUUUCUGCCGUGACACAGGUUUCAAGCCAGAGUUGUUCCUAAACACAGUUUCCUCCAUCUGUUCUCCCUUAGUUCCCACUCCUGAACUGGGCAUGGGGCAGGGAGAGGUGCUCCAAAUUUUGUCCUCAUUGUGUCCCUCGCAUAUUCCCAACAGCUCGUCUUCGUGAUAAGUAUUGGCUGAGGUAAGAAUUUAUGAAUCCAAUAAACUAACUUGAGGUCAGGCAAAAAAACAGAUGAGAAUUUUCAUUUCUGCCCUUAGGGUAUAUGCAUUUCAGCUUCAGCCAUCAGGGUUCAGCCCUGGUUCUGUGCUACAGAAUAGCCCACUUGUUUGGCUAGUGGUGACCAUCUCUGGGACUCUUUCAGUCUUCCUCUGUCCAGGGCUUCCUACUUUGCCUGUUCUGAAUGGGUGCAGUGUCUGCUCACUACUCCCCUGCUAGAGUCCCAAACCCCAAGGGCACUAGCUCAACAAGAAGCUGAGUUAAUGCUUCAGAAGCCAGGGCGAGUUCUCCUUAAAGUGCUCUGUGCUUUGAGGCAUGUGGUGUAAAUCUGGAUCCAAAGCACAUUUCCUCCUUUCCCUCCUCCCUCCCCCCCCCCCCCCCACAGCACCACCACCACUGAAUUUAAGACAAGCCAGCCCCAGUGUGCAUAUCAGCAUUUGCUCCCAGCCCUGCCUAACGUGGUAGGGACAUCCUCGACUCUUGGAAGGGUGGGGGGGAGAGAGGAAAUGUGCUCUGCUAUGGCCCCUGGUGGUGGUGGUGGCACUGGAGACACAGGUGUUUGUGCACUGUUGGCAGAUGCCAGGACCGUGCCCACAUGGGAAAGGCAGUCAGUGGGCAGACUCUGUACAGUCUGAUCCAUUCUUCCCCCGGGGAAGGAGGGGGGGGCUCCUAACUAAGGAAAUAAUUGAGAAAUCCUUCUUUUCCUCAUCUAAAGCCCAGUCACUGGUUAGAAACUUGUAAAUGUUGGAACUAGAAUUAUGUUCCAUGAUGUCUGCUGAACUGAACACAGAAUGCAUUUUUUACAUCUUGCCAAAGCCAAUUCACUUAUAAACCAAUUUCAGGUCCAAAGUCCUUUGCGAGGAGUGGAGAUUAUGGUGGUAGUCAUUGCAGCUGGCUGUCACUUGUGUGAGGGCAUCCUAAAUAAAUAAUAGUAUAGAAUUAUUCUUAGGGGGCUUGGCAAAGUUAUGGUCCUGAGAUAGGCCUUGUACUUUAUGUAUUGGUGUGGAUUAACACCAGUGUGUCAUGGAAGUCAUUGGCAUGUUGGAACUGUCUGGAGACACCUGGAUUUGAGAUUGUGCCUGAGUGUCUGGAUGGUGGACCUGUAUUAUGUGCUUAGGUAGAGAUGUGCUUUGUUCCUCAGAGUGGACACAGAGACAACCCUUUGCAGAAAAGUUUAUGGGUGAAAGAAGCUGCCUCAUUUUCCACACCAGCCUUUCUUUCACAGUUCACAGAUCAGAAAGAUUACAUUUAGAACCCCUAGCACUGCUGCUGCCUUCUCAGAAACAGUGGUAAAGUUAUUCUUAAAAUUUCAUACAAUUCAAAUUUUUAUUGAAAAUUUGUCCUAUAAUUCUUAAUUUUCUUCAUACUCUAAGUGUUUAAAGAACAUUGCAAUUUUUCUAUAUGUAGGUAAUUAAUGAAGGAGAUCAGGGAAUAUUUUUUUUUUCUGAAAGAAACUUCUAUUUAGGGUAUUUUGAAAUUAAAGUUCUCCCUAACAUGUCCAUAUGCAGAAAAUGUUCUCUCAAAUAUUUCUACAGCUCAGGCACAUAAUCUGUAAUUUUUUUAUUUAUCCUAAGGUAAUUUUUGCUUUUUGAACCAUGUUAAAAUUUGCCUACGUUUUAUAAAAUGCUUCUUUAUUUUUAAAGUAUAAAAAUUGGAUAGCUCAGUAAUCAAGUGUGAGAUCUUAAGCCAAUUACAUUGUUCAUAGUGGAAGUUCAGUAACUGUUCACUGAGUUCCGUCCCAGCAUUAAACAGUUUUCCUGAUGGGUGGUAUAUAUGUCUGGGUCUGACUUAAGCAGACUGAUAGAUUCUAACCUCACCCAAAAGUGGCUCCUUGCUGUGAGUGAAAACCUGGGAGACUCAUGCUUAAAAGCAUAAGUAGCAACUAAUUUCUCCCUAAGUGUUCAUUGUUUCUUUGUACUCAGAAGAGACACUGCUUGGAGCAUGUUUAUUUAUACAACCCAGCCUGUGUUCUGGAAAGCAGCACAUUAUGUGUGAGCUUCCUUGAAUGGUGUUACCAUUCAUUCUUUUGAUAAGUUGAUUCCAAGCAUUUAUUUUAAACUGGUAUUUCCUGAUGAAGCGUAGUUUCAUGGUGUCAUGCCCAUCUGAUCAUGUACACCUAUAAGAAAAUAUUUCAAGGAAGAAAGUUAUUUAUGACUAAAUUUACUAUCAUAUCUUAGAACUGAAGAAUCAUUGGAAAUUACUCAGUUUGAAUUUGAUCUGUAGCUUCAUGGAUUAUACAUCAGGGCUAUUAAUCAUGAAACCUCGUUUCACUGGGAUGAUAAGAUUUCUGUUCUCUUUUAAUACUGUCCUCCCGUUGUUCAUCAAUUUGCUGCAGCGGGCCCAGUAACAUCUUCAUUUUGAGACUUGUUACUGUGUUUGGCAUAUUAAAUAUGUCAUGGGUAGCUUGCCAGGCUUUGCGAUGCGGGAGAGAUACUCUCAGUAGCUUGCCGGGCUCUCUGAGAGAGGCGGAAGAAUCGAACCCGGCUCAGCCAGGCUGGCUGCACGCAAGGCAGACGCCCUACCGCUGUGCUAUCGUUCCAGCCCUCUUUUAAUACUAAUUAAAAGUUUUCUUAACUGUUACAUGAUUGUAUUCAUGCUAAUUACAAUACAUAUGAGCUGUUUUUAAUGUCAUUUAUGAAGGAUUAUGAACAGCAUUCAAUUAGUAUGUAAAGGCUUUAUUAGGGUUAACCUAAAAUACUAGAGGAUAUGAUUUGAUCUAGAAUAUAUCCAUAGUUUUUUAAUUAUGUCAUUGAGUUAUGACAAUUCAAUUUUUAGCCAUGAGUAAAGUUUGUUUCUCCUUAAAUUAAGAAGCUUGAAAAUAUUUGGGAUUAUAUGUGUCAAAGCUAUAAACAAUUUAUCUAUGCAAAACAAAUUUUAAUUGUACAGCAUUUUAAUGAAAAUUUUAAGUAGCAUUUUAAGGGGGCAAGACCUCUGAAUGUUGUUUUUUUUAUAUGUAAGUGCCUAGCUAAGGAACCAGAGAAACAAUAAAUUCAUAUUCUCUUAAAUAAUCUAUAUUGAUUGAAUAUUAACCAUGUUCAAAGCAGUAAUAACAUACUUUUUGGUUGCUAUAAUGAAUGUCCUAAAAAUUAAAAGAUGAAUAGGAAAUCUAUAAAUGUUGAAUUGAUAAGGAAAUUUUUAUUUUAUUUACUUGUAUCUUCUAAGAUAGCCUUUAUACUAGCCAAUAAGACAUUUUUAAAACCAACAAGACUUAGCAUCAUAGACCUUAUAUUGCACUUAAGCCAAAAACAAUUUGUACAUCUGAUUGAAUGCCUCACUCAGUGUAUUAAAUUUCCUUCUAUGUUUAAGAGCUACAUCCCUUUAGAAUGAUUCCAUUUUAAGUGGAUAACUUUCCAUUUCUGAACUCACUGUUUUUCCUGACCAUUCCAGUGGUGUUAUGAUUUUUAUAAUGUGAAUAUUUCUAGAUAGUGAUAACAAUUUUCAUUAAAACAUGGACAUGUUAGUUAUUAGAUUUAAGAUUAGCAUUUUUACAUUUGAUUGUAGAAAAGAUACAGAGUGAUACUCAUGUAAAAGUAUUUUUCAGAUAUUCUUUCCCAGUUUUAUUUCAGAUACUUUCACCAUAUUUAUGACAUAAUUCCACUUAAUUUUCUUUCAUGCCUAAUGUUCAGAACAUAUCAAUAUUAUGAAUAGUUAAUCAUAAUAUAUAAGAAAUUCUGUUCAUUUAUUUACAACAGUUGUAGGAUCACUCUAAUAUAAAAUCCUGUAAGAUUUUUUUUAAUCCUGUUAUUUAUUAAAAAAAAAAAAGCAUAUGUUUUUCUUCAAUACAUUUCAAUUCAGAAUUGCUUAAAAUGAUUCUGGCCUAAAUAAGACAUCCUAAUUUUGUGUUAGUCACUUUAAAUGUAUGUCCAAACAUAAAAUUCAUUGAAACCUAUUCACUUUUCUCAUAAGGUCGAUAUUUCUUAUUAACAUUUCUUUUUCAUUAGGUGGCCAUAAGAGAGAGGCCUUUACGAUGCUAGGAAAUUACCUUUUUUUUCUCUCUCUCAAAAUUUCACUAUACUGACUUACUGUUUACAAAUUACACAUACUGUGAACAGAUAUAAGUUUUUGUCUUUUAUAAGGUUGUUUGUAGAAUGAGUGUUUUUAGGGAAAUGUUAUAUGUUAAAUAGUUUCAGUUUUUUAAAAAAAUAAAUACUAGUAAUUGUUUACUAAUUUUUGUUUGGUCAGGUGUAUGCAAAUACAGCUUAAAGAUAGGGACAGAGCGUAGAUCCAGAACUCUUUCAUUUCUUGAAAUGUUUACCACUAUAGACUAUUUUUUUAACCUGAAUGAUUGAUCAGUUAUGUUCUGUUCUUAAAAUCAUGCUUAGUCAAAGCAUUAUAUACGAAAACAGUUCAAUAGAAAUAUGCGGCAAGUAAACAAUAGAUUGCAGUACAUUUGUGUGAUUCCGUCUGAUUCAUAAAAUUUCAAGUUUAAUAAGAUUGAUCCACUUACUGGAAUGACAACUGAAAUGUUUUCUGCCUUGAGAAAAUUUCAAGAUCACAUUGCUGUUAGAAUGAAAAAUUUGGACAUUUUGUACCAUUGUGAUUUCGGAAUUCGUUUUCCAGAUCUUUUGGAAAACAUGGUUAUAGCAAGAACAUAGACUAUAAAUAACCUAUUACUAAAACACCUUAAAUGUAAAACUUGUAUGCUUGGCUGUUAACUCUAAAGAUGUCACUUAAUGUCUGUUUUUUUUUAAACAUGCAUGUAUUUAACAAUUUUAUCAUAGUAUUGUCAUGGAACAAAUAAAUAUAUUUUCUUACAACUUACAUGGA